AUGAGACCUGGUGGUUGGCUUUUCCUUCUUUGGUCAUUACAAGUAUGGGCAUAUAAUUCCUUGGAAGCUUUGACGCUAACCGAAGUAUCUAGUCAAUCAGAAGAUUUCAUAAUACGGAUUGAAGAUGGGAAUUUAGAUCUUUUCACAGGUGUCCGAGAUUAUUAUACUUUGGUGAUAUUGACAUCAACAUUGGACAAACAUAAUUGUGUACCAUGUAAAGGUAUCAUGGAUGGAAUCAAAAGGGUAUCAAAGAAUUAUUUCAAGGAUUACAAACAAUUACACCAAUUAUUCUUUGUUGAAAUUGAUCUUGUUCAUGAAGGUAAUCGAAAAAUCGCCAACGAUCUCCAAUUAGCAAGUAUCCCACAUGUUUGGUUAGUUCCACCUAAUCCUAAAGAACAAUAUGAACCUUUAGCAAUUCUUAAGGAACAACAUUUUGUUUUUAAAGUACCUAAAGGAUCAGUUGCAAAUCAAGCUUUAGAAUUAGCAAGAUUAUUAUCUCAAACAUUGAAUAAGAGUAUUUAUGUCAGAGAUGAAGAUCCUUUGACACAAUUCAUCUUAUACUUCUCGGUGACUUUCUUGUCCAUUACAAUCUUGAAGAGAAGGGGCCCCAAAAUUGUCACUAAUCUUGGGAAACCUAUGGCUUGGAGAAUUAUAGCUAUUGGUGCUAUAUUAUCUUCAAUUACAGGUUAUCAAUUCACCAAGAUUAAAAAAGUUCCUUUCAUCGCCAGAAAUGAGAAAGGGAUCAUGUUCAUUAGUGGAGGUCAUCAUUAUCAAUUUGGUACUGAAAUAGUCAUCGUUAGUGCUAAUUAUAUUCUUUUGGGUGUAGCUACCCUUUUCUUGAUCUACCUUGGUAAUUAUAAACCUCAUGAACGUAGUAAAUUCCAGAAAGAUCAUAUUCAAAUUUUAAUCACAAUCAAUUGUGUUGUACUUUAUAUAUUCUAUAGUUGUCUUACAAGUAUUGCAUUAAGAAAGGAUCCUUACUAUCCUUAUCAUUUCACGAAGUUUUUUUAA